CUACCAGGCUUGCUCUUUGCCUCAAGUUCCUGUACCUAUCAUCGAUACAUAUAUAUAUUUACAUCUGAUUCGUUGCAAGCAUGGGCAUCUUGCUUAGACAGCCCGAGGGGACCGCGGGGAAGGCGUGGCCUGCCAUUCUAAUCAGCGGGUUCGUCGCCUUUGGAGGUAUCCUAUUCGGCUAUGAUACAGGUACAAUAAGUGGCAUUCUCGCCAUGCCGUACUGGGAUAAGACAUUCUCUACAGGCUACAGAGACACCAAUGGCAAUCUUACCAUCACCUCCAGUCAAUCUUCAGCCAUUGUAUCUAUUCUAUCUGCGGGUACCUUUUUUGGCGCACUUGGUGCUGCCCCCAUGGGGGAUUUCGUCGGUCGUCGUUGGGGAUUGAUCGCCUCAACCGGUGUCUUUUCGUUCGGAGUUGCCUUGCAGACCGCUGCAACUGCAAUCCCUCUUUUCCUAGCGGGGCGUUUCUUUGCAGGCUUCGGUGUCGGUUUGGUCUCGGCUUUGAUCCCUCUUUACCAGUCUGAAACUGCCCCGAAAUGGAUUCGUGGCUUUAUUGUUGGCUCGUAUCAAUUUGCCAUCACAGUCGGUCUUUUGUUGGCCGCUGUGGUGAAUAAUUCCACUCAUUCACGUGAUGAUACUGGUUCUUAUCGUAUUCCAAUUGCGGUCCAGUUCGCAUGGGCCAUUGUUCUAGUGGUUGGCAUGCUUAUCCUUCCAGAAACACCCCGCUAUCUGAUUAAGAGAGAUAACCACCAAGCGGCUGUCCGGAGCCUCGCCAAACUCAGACGUCUUCCUGAAACUGAUCCUGCGUUGCUUGAUGAACUUGCCGAGAUCCAGGCCAACCAUGAGUACGAAUUGAGCAUUGGAAGUGCUGGUUAUUUUGAAUGUUUCAAGGGUAAUCUUGGGAAACGCCUUUUGACUGGAUGCUUCCUCCAAGCCCUCCAACAGUUGACUGGUAUUAACUUUAUCUUUUACUACGGCACGCAGUUCUUUAAGAACUCUGGAUUCAAGAAUGAGUUUGUCAUUAGUUUGAUUACUAGCUGUGUUAAUGUCGGUUCUACUAUCCCCGGUCUUUAUGCUAUUGACAAGUGGGGGAGACGCCCAGUCUUGCUCACGGGAGCAAUUGGCAUGACCGUGUCUCAGCUGCUCGUUGCCGUCCUUGGAACGACUACCACCAGUCAGGAUGCGCUUGGAAAUAUUAUUGUCCAUAAUCAAGAUGCUCAGAAAGCAGCUAUUGCUUUCAUUUGUAUCUACAUCUUCUUCUUCGCUGCGUCUUGGGGACCUAUCGCAUGGGUGGUGACAGGAGAGAUCUUUCCUCUUAAGGUCAGAGCCAAAUCUCUGUCCAUGACUACUGCUACCAAUUGGCUGCUUAACUGGGCUCUGAGUUUCUCUACACCUUACUUGGUCAACUAUGGACCCGGUAAUGCGAACCUACAAUCCAAGAUUUUCUUUAUCUGGUUCGGCUGCUGCUUCCUCUGCAUCGCUUUUGUGUACACCAUGAUCUAUGAGACCAAGGGCUUGACCUUAGAGGAGGUUGAUGAGCUUUACAGUGAGGUCAGUUCUGCUAGAAAGAGCGUUGGCUGGAAGCCAACCAUCACCUGGACCGAGAAGAAGGAGAAACCAAACGCAUUUGGAGAGAAGGGCCUAGACGGAGAACAUAGAGAAUUCCAUGAUCAAGCACUUGCGGAUGCUUAAGGGAAGUAUCCUUGCUGGGAUUGUGAGUGUUAAAUGGCGAUGAAGGUUUUCCUGGCUGAUAUAAUUGAGGGGGAGUACUGUGGAGAUAGUCAUUAAGCGAUCCUGCUUUCUGGAUGGGCUUCAGUUGGAUUUCUCUCGAGGCAUCAUCGUCCUAGUUUGUAAAUGAUAAAGCUCCAAGCACGACAAACUGGAUAAAUGCAGCCAUUCAAUCUUCGCCUCUUUAUUACUGAUCAUGGUAGGGAAAGAAAAAAGGCAAAUCAAAUACAAUACAAGAUAUCACCAG